GUCCACGAGAACCCUAAAACCCUCGUCUCUCUCUUCUCUCCCCUCUCCGGCCAUGGCGUCGCGCCUCCGCUCCUUCUCCCGCCCCGCCGCCGCGUUCCUCCGCUCCGCCGCGGGACGGAGCCCGGCGGCCUCGCUGCCCCGAGCCGUCGCUCCCGUCACCAGGGCGGCGUCCGUGGGGCGGCUGGUGGGGCUCGCGAGGUCGCUGCAGCCGCUGCACAGCGCGGUGGCGGAGGCGCGGCUGACGUCGCGGCUCGGGGCGGAGGUGGCGCGGGCCGUGUCGCAGGGUACGCUCUGCAGCUCCUUCCCGGGAGUCUGAGUCUGAUAUCAAAUCUAAUCUUUGCAUCCUGCAUAGACGGGUCUCAGCGUGCCUCGAUAACGAAAGACGACACUCCGGUGCUGCCGCGCGCGGCAGACUUUCUAAGCCUUUUGUUUUCCUUCAAUAAUCGGUUUAAUUAGUGUGGACUGCUGUAUUCAGGGACAUCCACAAAUAUGAUAAUAUGUGCCUAUGACCACAUCUUACCUGGAAGCAAUUGGUAUUUUUUGCAUUUCGUUUGAGUUAAAGCGUCCACUCAACAUGGUUUUCUUUUGUAAAGAAUCUGGUUGAAUUGGGUCAACUGCUGCCUGUUUCAUCCAUAUCAGAGCUAAACUUUAUAUUAGUCUGUGUUCAUACAUUGUAGUUUCUGUCGUACUUUGGCAUACAAAUAUAUGUUUGAUAUACCUCUCUGAAAA